UUCAAUAUAGCUUUAUUUUUUGUUGUCAAGUGGCGAAGUCGUCGGCAAAGGUUAUUCGAGAAUCAGUGCCGUUUCCAGUGACGCUUUUUCCGUUUCCGUUCAGAGUGCCCCCUCAAGGAGACUAAAGGCUGCAGGUAUGGGCCACGGACAUGAACACCAUGGGCAUGGAAAGCUUCACCUACCUGAUUAUAGGCAGUGGAAAAUAGAGGGGACACCGCUAGAAGAAGUACAAGCGAGGCUAGCUAAACGAGGCUUGAGGGAUCCAUGGCUAAGGAAUGAGGCCUGGAGAUAUAUGGGAGGAUAUGCUAAACCUGCUACCUUUAAGGAUGUCAUUGCCAGAGGCUUUAAAUGGGGCUUUGCUGCGUUUGUUGUGGCUCUGGGGGUUGAGUAUGUCUUGUUUCCUCCAAAGAAAUCUGGAGGUCACCAUUAAAAGAACAGUGUAUUCAUUAAGUAUCCAGUUUGUGUAGCACUUGCAAGAAAUAUAUCUAUUAAAAGUGGGAUUGUUGAAUUAUA